GUGACUUCGAAUAUUCCUAUCUCCUUGCCUUUGUGUGAGGCUGCCCCCGCUGCCCCCCUUUCAUCCCAGUGCGCUGCCGCGACGUGCAUUAGCAUGGCCAACGCUGCAGUCAUGGGCCCGCCACCAUCCCCGAAGGAACCUCGCCGCUCGGGAAGACGCUCCGUGCCCUCUGGGUCGACCAGCAAGUCCCCCGCUGGAUCGCCCGUCGCCGACCCCGCCCCGAAGCCAAAAGAGAACGGACAACGACCACCACCUCCGGCAUUCAACAACUCAAACAAGACCAAGCGUAGCAAACAGGAAGAACACGACGAUGUCCUGGAGGAGCGGAAGAACGGGACCAACGGCAACGGCAAUGCGCGCGCAAGGCGGAAGGGCAAGGACAAAGACAGGAACCUCGUACCUUUGGACAACAUAGAGCACAUUGUCGGCGAAGACGAGCAUGGGGACGCGCUUUUGGAGGAGGGGCUGCUGGAUCCUGAGGCCGAAGAUGAGGAGGGGGGUAUCACACGCUGUAUCUGCGGCGAUGAGGACGGACAAGGCGGCUUCAUGGCUCAGUGCGAAAUGUGCGAGGCGUGGCAACAUGGCAAGUGUAUGGGCUUCGGGGAGGAGGCUGAUCUCCCUGAGCACUACUACUGCGAGCAAUGCCGACCCGAUCUUUAUGUUGACCUUCUGAGGAGACAUGCCAAACGGGCUCGCCAGGCGUCAAAUCACUCGCUGCACACUGUCGGCGGGCAUGGUUCUCGCACGUCGCGCUCACGAUCUCCAGUGGCACACUUGAAACCGACGAAACGGCGGAACACGAUGAACAGCCGCGACGCUGCGUACGAAGAAAGCUUUCAGGCGCUGCUCGAGGCUACGGCAGCUGAGGCCGCCGCGAAGGAAAAGGAGGCCCUCGCCACAGCGAACGCUCCCAAUGGAGUAGACGCCGAAGUCAAUGGUCACGAUGAGUUGGAGGCAGACGAUGUAGCUGUGAGUAGCCGGCGGAAACGGAAGCGAUCAGACGACGAUGGAGUAACGACCAAGCGGGCGCGGUCCGCGUCUAUCUCGUCCGAUCGCACGGCGGUGGCGAGCGUGAAGAUGGCCCGGGAACCCACACCCUCGGUCAACAAUGCGAAGAGCAAUGUAGCACCCGUUUCGACGAACAAGACGGGCUCGCGCAACAGACGGGGAGGAGGUCGCAAGUCGCAGGCGCAGGACCUUGUCUCGGUCGACGGGGAGGAAGCCGCCCCGUCCUCACGUAGCAGACAACCCAACAGUCGCGCCAAAGCCACCACGGGGAACGAACCAGGCAGUCGAAGGGCGUAUGCCAACAGCGCCAAUAGCGCCGGAGCUUCCGGCUCGCACGUCAACAGCGCAGCUGCCUCGCGUGCAUACCAUCACUCGCAUGCGUACGCUGUGUCUCAGCAGCCACUUUUCACUUCAUGGGGCCUCCCCGACUACCUCGCUCACCUCGAACCCAUGCUACCCACGGACGUACCUCAGCCAUUGGAGGUGCGCGGAUCCGGUAUCGACUCGACCGGUAGAGAGUCUCUAGAACGCAAUACGGAGCGAGGCGUGAAAGUGAAGUGGCCAGGGAAACGCAUGAGCGUUAGCGACAUGAACAAGCGGGUCCGAGCUUUGGUGGAGUGGGUCGGGAGGGAGCAGGCGAGUGCGCUUGAGCGGGGUAGACGACGAGAGGCGGUCGAGAAGGCCUUGCGAGAGGUUCGGCAGACGAACGGAGACAGUCACUCGGGGCCGGACGAGAAUCUCCGUCCCUCCAUGCAAAAUGGGGAUCCGAUGGCGACCGAUGGACCCGUCAUCGAGUCUCCCUUGCAGGAGAAAUCCUCCACUUUCCUCGACACAUCUUCGAUGUCGCAUUUUCUGACAUCAUCUGACUCUGCGUCGACGAUGAAAGUGAUGGAGGAGCUCAUGGAGGAGUUGAUCAAUUUCCAAGAACGGUUUGGGCCGGGCGCGAAGGUGAAAGAACGGGAACGGAGAAACGUUUCGUCAUGACCGUCCAUGUGCUUGCUACGAUUCAUUGCUUCUGCUCCGUUUCGCUCUUACCUUACUCCUGGCUGUCGAUGUUGGAUACGUACUCAUUUAUUGUGUAUUGCUGCUGUCGCGUUGUUACACUACUGUUGUAUACUUAUCUCUAAUGCUCUGAACCGAUGAUCAGUUCUGGCAUGCCACGAUCCUUUGGCGAGACAGUCUCACGCGUACC